AACAAAAAAAAACGAAAAAAAAAUCGGUUUCAGUGAAAAUAUUAUUGGAGUGCCAUGCAAGUUUUUCAAUUUUCCGACGAAAGUUUUCGUACACAGAAAAACGGUAAAAAUCGAUACAUGCGAUUCUGUGAUAAAAAUUUACGGGUUAUCCAGGUUAUCAUAGAAAAAACUACACCCAUGUUUCUGAUUCUUCAAAUGGCUAAAUGAAGUCCUUCAAACAUUCGUGGGCGAGCCGAGAGUGCUUGGAUGUGAAAAAAUAAUUUCAACUCGAAUCGAUUACGAUCAUGUGUUACUUAAAAACUAUAAAAAACAAUGAGGGAAGCAAAUUCGGUAGUGAUAUUGUAAAUGAGUUAGUUAGUGAAAAAAUUCAGGCUCAUAUCAUUCUAUUGAUUUUUCUCAAACAUUGGUUGAACCAAUCACAGAGUUAAUACUAUUUUUAAAGGGUGAGGUAGUUGGAUUUUAUAAAUUUUCGAAAACAGUAACUACGUUCAAAAGUAACGCAAUAAUAAUUGCCCAGCAAUAGUUUUUUUCGUGAACAAGUGAAAUAAGUUCAACCAAUGCAAGUGGCAACUUUAUUCCGUGAGUCGACCUCUCUACUUGGGGCCAGUAUGGAAGGCAAUGGGGGCUCCUCCGACAAUGGGUCGUCAGGUUUGGGCCAAAAUGUACCCAUGUCCUACGACUCUUAUGCUCAUCCUCUCAAUUUUUCCAACAAAUACAAGAUUAACAUGAAACUAGAGCCGCAGGAUGAUGGGUACGAAACAGGCGCUGAUAUGUUGAUGUCGAAUGGUAAUUUGGUGAAAUGCGAAAAGAUAGAAGAUCCUUACAGCUUUAUCGACGACGACCCUAUACCCAUGCUUCCCUCUGUUCAGCAUCAUGGCCCCCCACCUUCUAACAUGAUGGGCCCCAUGCCUGUUAUGAACAAUCAAUUGAUGGCCCAACCGAAGAAGCGGGGCAGAAAGAAAAAGGUCAAACUUGAAGAAAUUUUCGGUAGGCCCGAGUUUGGUCAAGAAAUGACUGGUGGCUUACCUCGGCCUAUAAAGGAACGUAAAAAACACGAUAGAUUCAACGGGAUGCCUGAAGAAGAGGUUUCUAAGAGAACGCUUCCUGACCACAUCACUGACAAUUUAGAUAUUGUUAUUAUUGGGAUCAAUCCUGGACUUUUUGCUGCUUACAAGGGACAUCAUUACGCUGGUCCAGGCAAUCAUUUUUGGAAAUGUUUAUAUCUGGCAGGACUGACUAGUCAGCAGAUGUCUGCAGACGAGGAUUACAAACUGCUACAAGUUGGUAUCGGGUUUACCAACAUGGUUCAGCGAGCUACCAAAGGAAGCGCUGAUUUAACAAGAAAGGAGAUCAAGGAAGGAUGUCAGAUAUUACUUGAGAAAUUGAGGAAGUUCCGCCCCAAAAUAGCGGUUUUCAACGGCAAACUGAUAUACGAGGUGUUUUCGGGAAAGAAGGAUUUCAAAUUUGGUCGACAGCCAGAGCUUGUAGAUGGAACCAACACGCAUGUCUGGGUAAUGCCCUCUUCGAGCGCAAGAUGUGCCCAGCUUCCAAGGGCAGCGGACAAGGUACCAUUCUACGCUGCAUUGAAGAAGUUUCGCGAUUAUUUGAACGGCGUCAUAACAGAAAUCGACGAAUCAGAGAUGGUUUUCUCUGAGCCGAGGGUAAAGUCUUUCUAUGAGGCAGAACCCAAGUUAGACAUAUUCUCUCCCGAAUUGACAGAUAUAAGUAACGAAAUGAUGAAGAACGGAGAGGGUAUGGUAAUGCCCUGCAAGAAGAAGCGUGGACGGCCUAAGAAGAUAAAAGUGGAGGGUGAAACUCCGCCUGUUAAACCGGUUCGUAAACCUCCGGUUCAUAAUAAUAACUGUGAUUUUCCAAAGAAGAAACGAGGAAGGCCUAAAAAAGUUAAAGUCGAGAGUAUGGAAAUGACCGGCAUAGAAAACGGAUCCAACAAUAUUUCACAAUGUUACCCAAACUCAUCACCUCUGCAGUCGCCAACUAACUUCUAUCCAGUUGGGCCAGCACCUACCCCACCUAGCAAUAUGAACUCUAUGUACGCCCCCCAGAAUCAGCUACCCUACUCCCAAAGUCCUCGUCCUCACUAUAGUCAAUCUCCGAGACCUCGAUCGCAACCUUUCACUCACUCAGACCUGAGUUCAGAAAUUAGCGCAGCAAUAAGUUCAGAACAUCUAGGUUCGCCAGGGUCGCCAAGUUUAGGACCACCAGACUUCGAACCACCGACGAAUAUGACUCAGGAUGAGGUGGAAGGCCGUUUGAGCAGUCCAGCACCGUCAACAAAUAGUGAACAGCAACCUCACUGCUCUUAUAAUACUUUCAAUGUUGAACAGCAACAGCAGUCGGAUAAUCAUUAUAUAGCACCUCGUCAACAAGAUAUUGCAUCGAAAAGCCUGUCUGGCUUAGAAUCCUUAGUAGAUCAAAUUCCCAGCAUAACAGAAGGAGAGUCUCAAAUUGGCCAAGAAGUUUCAGAUCAAUACUCGAACCAGUUCGAUAACUACAGUGUUGCUUCUCGGGGCAGCCCUGCUCCCUACGACUACCCGACUAGCAGUGGUUAUCCCAUAUAUCCUACUCCCACCUGGGGAAGCCAUUACGAUCCAGUUCCGUUACCAUAUCCUCAUGUACCAUACCCUCAAUCGUAUACCCCAAGUUUUCACAUGGCAAGUCCAAACUAUCCGUACUAUGGUUACCCUCAACCAGCUCCAGCACAUCCUCCAGGUUAUCCACCCUAUCUGGGAGGCUUUUGAUCGGUUUCCUUCGAUGUAUUUUCAUGUUGUGUACCUGUACCAUAUGUUCAGCUAGUACCUAGCAAGUCUGUCAGCUUGCGUACAGUUGGUCAUUUGCAAUUUGACAUCAACAGAGACUUGCACAGGGUAAAUGGUGAUAUUUUUUUGUCAUAAGUAUUUUCUCUAAAACUUUUUAAUGUUAGGUAGGCCAAGGGUUUUGUGCAUUAUUCAACAUUGAGAUCUCAAGUAUGAAUGUAUUUUGAAUGUGUGAUUUUAUUGUUAUAGUUGUAGCUCAUGUCAUUCAUUCAAGUAAAAACAUUUGUUAUA